CAUAAUUUCCGGUUUCAUUUUUAAGCGCCAGUUUUUAACAACAACUAAUUCAAAUCAAAACAAAAUGCCACCAAGAAAAAAGAUCAGAGAAAGUCCUAAGCAAAAUCCAACUCCAAUGGAAGUUGAGAAUGAUAAUGAAGAGAACGCAAAUGUUGAACAAGCCCAGGUGUCGGUGGCAAGUCGUGGUUUUCAUGCGGAAGAUUAUGGUGAAAUAGAGGUACCUCCAGCACCAGAAACUGUGGCUUCCUAUGAUAUCAAUGGACCAAGGUUAAUGAUUUCCAAGAUUGUCAAUGAAAAUUUCAAGUCUUAUGCAGGAAUUCGAGCUCUUGGUCCAUUCCACAAGAGUUUCACCUCAAUUGUUGGACCAAAUGGUAGUGGAAAGUCUAAUGUCAUUGACUCCAUGUUGUUUGUAUUUGGAUACCGUGCUGCAAAAGUACGUUUGAAGAAACUGAGUGGACUUAUACACAACAGUGAGAAUCAUCUUAACAUUGGCAGCUGUACUGUGACAGUGUACUUUCAGAAAAUCAUUGAUACUGGGGCAGGGGAAGAUGAUUACACAGUUGUGCCAAAUUCAGAAUUCAAUGUUGCUCGAACAGCAUUUAAGGACAAUUCUUCUGUGUACAGUAUCAAUGGAAAGAGAUCUACAUACAAGGAAGUGGGAGUUCUGUUAAGAGCCAGUGGCAUAGAUCUGGAUCAUAACAGAUUUUUGAUUCUGCAGGGUGAAGUUGAACAAAUUGCUAUGAUGAAGCCAAAAGGUCAGUCAGAACAUGAUGAUGGUAUGCUGGAGUUUCUAGAAGACAUUAUUGGUAGUAACAGAUUCAAGGAACCAAUAGAAAUACUCGCCAAACGUGUGGAAACACUUAAUGAGCUGAGAGGCGAAAAGAUGAACAGAGUAAAAGCUGUAGAAAAAGACAAAGAUGAGCUGGAAGAGGCUAAGAAUGAGGCAGUGGAGUUCCUGACAAUAGAAAAUAACAUUGCUAAAAUGCAAAACACAAUCUACCAGAAACACAUAUCGGAAUGUAUAAAAGGUGGGGAGAAAUUUAAGGCAGAGUUUGACAAGAUCAAUUCAGGUAUGGAAGAGUUUAACACAAAAAUGAAGGAAAUAUCUGAUGCAAGACAAGAGAAAGCGAAGAAACAGAAAAAAAUCUACAAGGUAAAUGAUGACUUGAAGAAACAAUGUGAGGAAAAUAAAGAAAAAUUCUCAGACUUUGAAAAAGCAGAUGUUAAGCUGCGAGAGGAUCUGAAACAUGCAAAAGCCAAAGGAAAGAAAUUGGAGAAAAGUACUGAACAGGAAAUGAAAAAGAUAGAGGAGUUGAAAGAGGUACCAGAACAAGCUCAGAAGACUAUAGAUGAUUUAAACAAGAAACAAGAGAAGUUAGAAAAGGAGAAGCAGAAAGAAGAAGUCAAACUGAAGGAAGUUAUGGACAGCUUGAAGACGGAAACACAAGGUCUACAAGUGGAGAAAGACAAGAAAGAGGAGAAGUUGUUAGGACUUCAGAAAUCUGUCAAUGAAAGUAAAUCUAAAUUGGAGGUAUCUCAGUCUGAGUUGGACUUGUAUCUUAGCAACCAGAAACAGGAGACAAACAAGCUGAAUGAUAUGACCCGUAAACUCGAGAAACUGAAAGAAACUGUUGAAGAAAAGACAAAAUCAGCUGCAGAGAUGGAGAGUAAGCUUCCAGACUUAGAGAAUUCUUUGGAGAAAUCCAAUACAGACCUACAAAACACGUGUAAACGUGAAGCUGAAUUAGUUGAGGAGAUUCGUGGAGUAAGGAGAAAAGUGGAAGAAGCUCGUAGUGCUUUAGAGGCAAAUAAAAGCCGCGGAAAAGUAAUCGAUUUUGUGAUGAACCUGAAAAAUGCUGGAACUUUGCCAGGAGUACAUGGCCGACUUGGAGAUCUUGGCGGCAUAGAUGAGAAGUUUGAUGUUGCCAUAUCAACAGCCUGUGGUGCCCUUGACAACAUAGUUGUAGACACUAUGGAAACAGCCCAGAAAUGUGUAGAGUUCUUGAAGAAGAACAAUGUUGGAAGUGCUACUUUUAUUGGUCUUGACAAAAUGGCUCGAUGGAAGGACCAUGCCUCUAGAAAAAUAAAUACACCAGAAAAAGUCCACCGUUUAUUUGACCUCGUGCAAGUGAAGAAUCCGGCAAUCAAGCCAGCAUUUUAUUUUGCUCUUCGUGACACGUUAGUUGCUGAUAAUCUAGAUCAGGCUACAAGGAUAGCAUAUGGUGCUAACAGAUUCCGGGUAGUUACCCUACAAGGACAGCUCAUAGAUACAUCAGGAACAAUGUCCGGUGGAGGUAAAAGUGUAUGUAAGGGAAGGAUGGGAUCAAGUGUCGUCUCUGAUGUUGAUACCAAAGAUCUUGCUAACAAUGAAACUAAAAUGAAAAAGUUGGCAGAGGAGGGCCAGCAGUGUAGAGCUAAUAAAGAAAGACUUGAAGACUUUGUUAAACAACAAAAGAAGGAUAUUACACAUGUUAAACAUUCACUACAGAAGCUGGGGAUUGAGAUCAAAGCGUUGACAGAACAGGCACAGGCAUUAGAGUCACAGAUAGUUGAACAGAAGGAGAAAGUGAAAGCUGCAGCACCAGAUGAGAAACAGUUAAAACAACUUGAAAAAAUGGUCGAGGAAUAUCGUAAAGAUUACCAAAAAGUAGCCGAUGUUGCUAACAAGCUUGAAGCAGAAGUUCAGGAACUACACAACCAAAUCAUGGAUAUAGGAGGAUCCAAGAUGAAUGCUGCUCAGUCACGUGUCAAUGCUAUACAGUCUCAGAUAGACCAAGUUGUGGGUCAGAUCACCAAGGCCAGUGUCGGUGUCAAAACCUCGGAAAGGAACUUGAAGAAAGCUGAGGACAAGUUGGCCAGUCUGUAUGAUGAGAUAGAAGAGAAUAAAGAGGAUGUGAAAAACCUGGAGGCUAAACUUGGAGAACUGGAGGUUGAGGCAACCAAAGUUAUGGAGGCUUACCAGGAAUCACAGGACACAAUGCGUGAAGCAGUAAAAGCCCUUGAUGAGGUUAACAAAGAACUUGCAGAGUUAGAAGAGGAAGAGAACAAGAUACAGAAAGAAGUUGUAGAUGUGAAAGCAGAUUUGGACAGGUGUCAGAAUCUAAUGAAAGAAAACCAGGCUAAACUUAAACAUUGGAAGAAAGAGCUGUCACAUUUGACAUUGACACCUAUAGACAGGCAGGAGGUUGAAGAGUUACAGACAUUAUCAGAGGAGGAUUUAGAUGGCAUUAAAGUAGACGAGUUAAAGUUCCAAAUCACUACGCAGGAAGAAAAACUCCAGCAUAUGAAGCCCAACAUGGCUGCCAUUGCUGAAUAUAGAAAGAAGGAAGAAUUAUACCUUCAACGAGUGGCCGAGCUCGAUCAGAUCACAGAGUUUCGUGACAAGCAGCGUAAAUACCAUGAGGAUCUACGUAAACAAAGGCUUGAUGAGUUUAUGUCGGGUUUCAGCGUGAUAACGUAUAAACUGAAGGAAAUGUACCAGAUGAUCACUCUAGGAGGAGAUGCCGAACUUGAACUUGUCGACUCACUCGAUCCGUUCUCUGAAGGAAUUGUAUUCAGUGUGCGUCCGCCAAAGAAGUCAUGGAAAAAUAUAUCAAACUUGUCUGGCGGUGAGAAAACCCUCAGUUCCCUGGCUCUAGUAUUUGCUCUACAUCAUUUUAAACCUACACCUCUAUAUGUGAUGGACGAGAUAGAUGCCGCCCUUGACUUUAAGAACGUCUCUAUUGUGGCUAACUAUAUAAAGGAGAGGACAAAGAAUGCUCAGUUCAUUAUUAUAUCUCUACGUAACAAUAUGUUUGAGCUGGCAGACAGAUUAGUGGGUAUUUAUAAGACUGACAAUUGUACAAAAUCAGUGACAAUAAACCCUAAUAAACUAGCAAUACCUCUUCAAGAAGUGGACACAAAUGCUGCAUAAAUCAGGGAAUGAACUUUGACACUGCAUUAAGCAAGAUGUGGACCUGGACACUGCAUAAAUCAACACAAGAGUCUGACCUGAACUUUGUUCUACACAAGUUGGACCUGAACUCUGCAUAGGAAAUUUGUUAAAAUAUUGUACCAUCGUAGUGUGUAGAUAACAAACAUUGUGUUUGUAAUAUUUUUAAAGUUCAUUAUAAUGGUUAUUGUGAUUUACGAAUGUAUAAUGUGUGCAGAAUCUUUUAAAAUAUGAAGUGAGACAGUUGAGAAAUUGCCAAACAAGACCAAAUUAUACUUGCCGUUGGAAAUAAGAGACAUUCAAAUAUGUAAAACUUUCUUUUGUAUUGAAUCUGUAGAUUUGCCUAUUUUAAUGAAACUUUUCUUGAAAAGUGAUUUUGCUGACAGAAAUUUAGAAAGUUUUGAAAAUGUAGUAUCUAAUACUGUGUGUAUCUGUACAAAUUUGUAUGUAUUGAAUUAUUGUAGCAUUAGCUUAUUUUGCAUGUCUCUAAUUUUGGAAAAUCAAUUUUUUUAAGUUAAUAAAGAUUAAAUGUUUGAAAUUCAAAACAUAGUUAAUCAAAAGAAAAACUAUCUUUUCGGGCAAUUUUGAGAGUACUUUACAUAAUGUAUGUUAGGUUUUUAACUUGGUUGGGUUUUAAUUGCACCAACCAACAAUGUAAAGCCUUAAGGUCUUAAUCAUGGCAACUUCUUAUGUUGAUAAUUGAUUAUACACUUAACCUACUGGUACCUGAACUUUAGUCAAAUAGAAUUACAACCAUAAGGCAACACUUUGGAUGGGAUUUCAUAGAUGAAAUAGAAUUUCAUAUUAUGUAAUGCAUACAAUACAGAUCUUUUGUUUUAUGAUUAAGUUAUAGAACAUUAAAUACAGGGCAGUUAAUUAGAUGAGAUGUUCUUAAUCUUGAUUUACUGGGUUCGUGCAAAUGACCUUUUGAUUUCUUUUCACGUACAUGUAUAUAAAUCAUUGUGUAUAUAAUUAUUUAAUCAUGUGUGUGGCCUUCUUUUCUUAAUAUCUGACUGGCUACUUUACUCUGUAAACCCUUUUUCUCUGACUUCUUACCCUCUAUAUUUGACUUCUGUGUAGAAAUGUAUUCAAAUAACUUAAACUUUAUUUUGAAGUUCUGAUUAUUGCACAUGCUCUGAAUUUUUAUUCUUUGGCAGAAAGGUUGUACAUAGUUUUCCACUAUAUAUUUGAGUAUCCACAAAAUGUGUUCAUUUGGAAGAAGUUCUUCAGUGCCAGUGCAUGGUGUUUAUAUGUAAUUUACAUAGGGUUUUAUGAAAUACAGUGUGGUAUUUAUAGUUCUACAAUCAGUAUAAGCUUACUUUAUAAAUAUAUAGCAAAGGUUUUGUUAAAUUCAGAGCUGAUGUAUAAGAUAUAGCUUAAGUUCAAUGAUACUGUCAAUAAAUGCAUUUUUUUCAUACUAACAGCUUAGUUUAUAGAUGGUAUAUAAAUUUAUUAAUACUGAUCGGAUAAAUUUCAGUUUCUAGUUGUGGUCAAAUGGUUAAUGUUGCAGGUUUUACUACAGUAUAUACCUGGCAAGUUGGCAUUCAUUUCUUUGCUUUGCAUUUGGCUUCAGGGACUGCAAUCACCCGUUGUGGUUGAGACAUCAAGUUUCACUAUGGAUUAUGAUUUCACUCAAGUGCCCCCUGUUUCUGUUGCAAUGCAUUGUAGGAAGUCAAUUGAUGCCCUCUUUCAUGCAUUAUUUCAUGCUAGAGUGGGCACAGUGUUAGAAUGACAGAUGAUUUGUUAAAUUGUUGGACAGUUUUCUUGGAUGCAUAUGUUCAUCUCAAACAGAUUUAAACCCACAUUGCCAAGGGAUUCAGAUUGUCUGUCUGCAAUUUUAAAUAUUAUGUCACAGUGUUUGCAACAAACUAAAGAAAAUAGUAAUAAACAAUGUUUAUAGCUUAUACAACAAAUGUAUUUCAUUAAAUGAUAAAUAUUUAAUUAAAAACAAAAUUUCAUAACAGCUAAA